UUUAGCAUUGGCAUCAGUCACCUUUUGCUUAAAGCGUAACGUUAAGUGUAACUAGUAAAUCCGUCAGGAAUCAAGAGAGUAACGUUAACGAUAGAUGACACAGGUAAUUCUGUGGGCAACUGGCUAACUUGUCUUUAGGCUAAUGCUAACUAACGCUAAAUAUUCUUCUGUUCUAAUUAGCAUUAAAAAUAUAUCUUAAAGAUAGAGCUUACCUUCACAAGAUUAUCCAUGAGUUUCCUCAGUUUUCUCAAUACAAUCUAUGGUUUUCUCCAGCAAAUGUUAGCGAUUGUUUACAAAAUGAAAAGCGCGUCGCUUGAUGAUGACGUGGCAGAGAGCAAAUCGCGGUAUGAUGACGUUUAGCAUUUAACAUUGAAUUAUUCUGGGAGGAUCUGCUGAGAAAGGAUGACAAAUAGUCUUCCUAUCCUUUAACAUACAUACAGGAGUCAAAUGAAUGUGUUGUUUUGGUGAUAUUAAAACAGAAUACUUUAGAUAUUUAGGCUAUAGGUUAACGAGCCUCUGACAGCCGUUUUGCAUUCAUUGUGUCAUUUUAUUUGUGCUUUCAUGUUUAUCCCUUCUACGCCUUCAUUUCUUUUAUCAUGCCUAUAUGGAUAGCCUAAAAACUAAAUAAGUGAUAAUUCAAUGAUCUUAUCGUUUAUUUCCCGCCGAGGGACGAUAGAGAGGAUGAAGAGGCGUUUGAACUAUGGAAAAUAAAGAGGGCAUUAAAGGCUACUCUUUUGAAUAUUUCGGUAUAACUGAGCCCUCGGGUGAAAGUUCGCCACUGCAGGCCAGGAACAGAAGUCCAUGUGUUUCAUGACUUUUCCACGGCCCACUGAACUCAACGAUGUGUCUCAAUGUGGGAUUGAAGAAAGAGAGGAAGUGAGAGACAAAUGCUACAAAGAGCAACCUUUGAAUGACUCUCGUCCUUUGUUUGCUAAAGAACGAAUCCUCUGGACUGGUGCCUUCCUAUUGAGACGCAAGAAGCAUAGACCCAAGGCUGCUUCCGAGCGCAGCGGCACCCGCUUCUAUAUCAUUAAAACAAACAAGACAGAAAGAUUUGUAUUUUUUUAAAAUCCAGAAACACUUAACAUUGUCUUUUAAACCCGGGUUUUACAAAUUCUGGAGGAUUUUGCCGAGAAGUUGCAUGUGCAGGAGUGAUAGGGAAGUACUCGAUCGGGACAGAAGGAAUGGGAUACCCGGGCAGAGAAGUGAGAGGAUGGAGAGGAUGGACGCUCCUGAUUUGGGUCGGCGUUGUCGGCUUGGUUUUAGCAGACGGGCGGAGAGUGAGGCAGCCCAGAUGCCCCGCUGGAUGCACCUGCACCAAAGAUAAUGCCCUGUGUGAGAAUGUCCGAUCCGUGCCUCACACUUUCCCAUCCGACGUCGUUUCACUAUCUUUUGUCAAGUCUGGAUUUAAUGAAAUCACAGGAGGAAGCUUUGUUCACACGCCUGCCCUGCAACUACUAUUGUUCACAGCAAAUUCAUUUGACCUAAUUGAUGAGGAUGCGUUCCUGGGUUUACCCCAUCUUGAAUACCUAUUUAUUGAAAAUAACAAAAUUGCAUCGAUAUCCCCAUAUGCUUUCCGGGGCCUGAAAGCACUGAUACAUCUGAGUCUGGCUUACAACAACCUUGAGACGCUGCCCAAAGAUGUAUUCAAGGGCAUGGACGCACUGACCAAAGUGGAUCUGCGGGGCAACAACCUGAUAUGCGACUGCAAGCUCAAGUGGUUGGUGGAGUGGAUGCAUCACACUAAUGCCACCCUGGACGAGAUCUACUGCAGCGGGCCACCCAUUCACCAGGGCAGGAAGCUCAAUGACCUGCUGCCACACUCUUUUGACUGCAUCACAGCGGAGUUUGCCUCAUAUCAGUCGCUGAAGUUUGAGUCUAUUUCGGUGGAGGCCUUCACCUUUGGUAAAGACCAGUAUGUUGUGUUUGCCCAACCGUUUGCUGGGACGUGCAGCUUCCUGGAAUGGGAUCAUGUUGAGAUGACCUUCAGAACCUAUGACACCAUUGAAAGCACCUCCACUGUGGUCUGCAAGCCCAUGGUGAUUGACAACCACCUCUUUGUCAUUGUGGCCCAGUUGUUUGGGGGCUCGCACAUUUACAAACGUGACACCUCUGCCAACAAGUUCAUCAAGAUCCAGGACAUUGACAUCCUGAAGAUUCGCAAACCUAACGACAUUGAGACGUUCAUGAUUGACGGAGAGUCGUUCUUCGUCAUCGCUGACAGCUCAAAGGCCGGCUCCACCACCGUGUACAAAUGGAACGGCAAUGGCUUCUACUCCCACCAGUCACUCCAUCCGUGGUACCGCGACACAGAUGUCGAAUAUUUGGAGAUCUCCAACAAACCCCACCUGAUCUUGUCCAGCAGCUCCCAGAGGCCUGUUGUCUACCAGUGGAACCGGAGCAAGAAACAGUUUGACCGCAGGACUGACAUACCGGAUAUGGAGGACGUCUUCUCCGUCAAACACUUUCGUGUCAGAGGUGAGCUGUUUAUAUGCCUGACAAGAUUCAUCGGGGACUCCAAGGUGAUGCGCUGGGAUGGCGCCAUGUUCAAGGAGGUCCAGACAUUUCCUUCCCGUGGCUCUAUGGUGUUCCAGCCUGUCUCCAUUGGCAACUGGCAGUAUGCCAUUUUGGGCAGCGAUUAUUCACUGACACAGGUCUACCAAUGGGACACCAAUAGGGGCCAGUUUGUCCCAUCUCAGGAGCUGAAUGUCCAGGCACCUCGUUCAUUUUCUCCAGUUUCCAUUGACGACCGGGUGUUCCUGCUCGCAUCCAGCUUCAAGGGGAAAACUCAGAUAUACGAGCACCUCAUGAUCGAUUUGAGUAAUUAAACCCCUCGACAGUUUGGGACAAAUUAUCUACACUACCAUUCAAAUGCUUUCUUCUGUGAUAACUUGUCAGUCUCAUUAGUAUCCACCAGCAAUCUCCAUCUACAAAAGGAAGUUUCAAGCAGAAGGUCAAAUUAUCUAAAGAGUUGUUUCAAAUACAAUCCAGGACCUUUAGGUUAGGUUAGGUUAGGUCAAGUCAGGUCAGGUUAGGCUAGGUUAGGUUGAGAUUAAGUGGUUGAAAUUCUUACACUGGUUAUGAUCACUGAGUUUGACAAUAUAUUCUACACGGCCCCUGAUACCUAUGUUUGGCAACCUGCUGUAAAUACUUAAUUCUGAUAAACCCCUUGUAUUUUCAUAUUGAUUCCUUAGGGAAUGCCUUAUUCUCCAUUUUAAAAAAGAGCUUCCACUCAAUGUGCGAACUGACUAUCUUUCAGGAAAAACAAGCUAUCAAAUCACUGCUUCUGUCUGCAGGUGUACUGGCAGGAUUAAACUCCAUACUGUGUUUUUUGUUUCUAUCGUAGGAAUUUGAUUUUUAAAGAUUCAGGAGUUUGGUCGUGCUUAUGACUUAUACAAUGAUAGGUAAAUAGGGAAGUAUUCUUGAGGGGCAGGGGCAAAAUGUGUUCAGACUGAAGCGUAGUUUUCUAGAAAAACUACAGGGACAAGAGACAUUGUCUUUACUUUGUCUUUAAUUAAACAAAGCACUUAAGGAGAAUUGACUUCAGAGCAGAAUAUAAUUACAAGACAUUAUUUAAAGUGGAAUCUAAUCCAAGUUUAUGACAGUGCAACAGCCGCAACACCAUAGUUUGCAAUGUUAGGGGUAGUUUGUUGCUAUAAGACUGGAGCUGGAAAAUAAUACUAGCUUCCAACCAAAUGCGGGUAAAAUGACUACUAAUUGCUUAGAGUUGAGUCCAUUCUACUUGUUUUCCAUCAGUCUAUUGUAGCUACUUUACACUUAAAGAGGUGACCAUAAUAUAGGAAAUGAAGGAUACACUGAAAACUGUGAGAAACUGAGGUUUGAAAAAAAAAAAAAAAUCUCCGUCCUGUCUACUCUAUGGCCAUCAGUUAAGCAAGACUGUACGUAUGAUACAGACACUCAUAGUGUUGAUCCCUGAUGAAUGACUCGCUAGAAGCAUCCCACUGUGCCACCUGGCCCUCCCUCUUUCACUGCACUCUUGCCCCUUUUCUCCCUCAUUGACAAAACCAUUGUUGUCUUUACUCCGCAACUAAAAAGCCAACCACUGUGCAGCACCUAGUACCUGUGCUUUCACACGGUCCUCUUAUUCUGACACAAAGGAGCCAGAAGUCAGAUAACAAUUAACCACUUCACUGACAACUAUUUGCCAAAUAUAAUGUUUACGUUUUUACAAUGCUGUGUAAAGUAAUUUAUAUGAUAUCGCUUUUGUACGUAGAGGGGGACCACACUCAGUGUUUUAUUUUUCAUAGAUAUAGAAUUUAAUGUAGAUAUAAAAAAACAAAAAAAAGGACGACUUCUUUUAAUGCUGUGUGACAUGAUGCUUCAGCAAAACAGUAUAGGCUUACUUGUGUCAGUCUCGUCUAGUUAGGUAAGGAUCGAGGUUUUUAGCAAUUCCUUUGUCAUCUUGCUCAUUGUGUUUUAUGGACAGUAUUAAUAAAAUACUAAAAUGCUAAA